CAUUUUUUUUCUUCUUCUUCUUCUUUUUUUCCGUUUCUCCAAAGUGGAAAAAAGCAAACCAAAAACAGAACUUAAAAAUAAAAGAAUAAACAAAAGGUUCCGACCAUGAAACCCAACUCCGACGAAAAAGAACCAGAGCAAUCGAACUGGGCCUGGCCCAGAAAAACCUGGUCUUUCCUCUCAGAGGUUCGACGCCGAUCUCCACUCAUCCAAUGCAUCACGAACUUCGUCUCCAUGGAUUUGAUGGCAAAUACUCUGCUCUCUGCUGGCGCUUCUCCAGCGAUGCUCCACACCUCCGAUGAGAUACCGGACUUCACUCCCCACAUCAACGCGCUCUGCAUCAACGUCGGAACACUCUCCUCUGACUGGUUGCCGGCCAUGAAACUCGCCGCCGAGACGGCGUCUAACUUGGGUAAGCCUUGGGUCCUUGACCCAGUUGCCGCCGGAGCUUCCGUUUUCCGAAUGAAUGCUUGUUUGGAGCUUCUGAAACUCAAACCCACAGUUAUAAGGGGAAAUGGGUCCGAGAUUAUGGCGCUUUCAAAGGCUUCCGUUGAACCCACCAAAGGAGUCGAUAGUACCCACGAGUCCACAGACGCAGUGGAAUCAGCUAAGGCAUUGGCUGAAGCUACUGGUGCUGUAGUGGCUGUUUCUGGUGCAGUAGACAUUGUCACAGAUGGGAAGCUUGUGGUUGGAGCUCACAAUGGAGUGGCCAUGAUGCAGAAGAUCACAGCAACUGGGUGUUCAGUCACUGCCCUGAUUGCAGCCUUUGUUGCUGUUGAUCAAAAUCAUGCUUUGGAAGCCACUGCUUCUGCUCUGUCUGUAUUUGGGAUUGCUGGGGAGUUGGGUUUGAGAUUGGCCAAUGGACCAGCUUCCUUGCGUAUGCAUUUGAUUGAUUCACUUUAUGGGCUUGAUGAGGCUGCUGUGCUUUCACAUGUAAAGAUCACCAGGUUUUGAUGAAACUUUGAGGAGCUGUGGAUUUGGGUAUGUUCAUUUGACAUUAAAACCGUUCUGAACAGUGUAAAUAUAGUGGUCCCUCAUGUUGAGAGAUUACAUGAAUAAGUGAUUACAUAUGGGGAAUAUAAGCUGUAUCUAAGAAUAAAAUUUGUACUUAAUACUCUCAAUUUUACUCACUGUUGAAUAAUUACUGUGAUUUACAUUUUUUCUCCAA